AUGUCCCAUGGUGAUUCAUCUCAACCCAAAAGUAAAAUUUUUGAUUCAAUCAACGUGGUAGUGGACCAAGGACUGUCCAAAGGCAUAGUCAUCACCCCAUGCAAGAAAACAAUCACGGCAGAAGAAAUGCCCGUGCUUUUCCAGAAUAACGUUUUCAAUCGACAUGGGCUGCCAACCAAAAUAGUGUCCGAUCGGGGUCCUCAAUUUAUGGCCAAGUUCACCUGGGAACUCUGGAAAUGGCUAGCAAUCACCGCCGCUCUCAGCAUGGUGUACCAUCCCCAAACCGAUGGAGAAAUGGAAUGGGACAAUUGGGUAGACCUUUUGCUGUUUGCCGAGUUUUCACAUAACACGUGGAAACACUCAGCCACUGGAAAAUCCCCCUUUGAAGUACUGUACAGCUUCAAUCCCCCUUAUUUGGCCGACAUAGCAUUAGAGACAAAGGAAGAAGCCGCAGCCAGCUUACAAAUGGCUAGCAAUUACGCCAAGGACUGGGAUUUUAACAGGAAACUCCCCCAUUGGGAGGAAGGAAACCAAGUGUGGUUAGAAGGAACCCACAUCUGGACCAUGUACCCCAAAUUCAAGCUCGCCCCUAGGAGGUACAGUCCCUUCAAAAUAUUGGCAAAAAUAGAAGAACUGGCAUACAAACUUCAAAUCCCUCCGCAUUAG